AUGCCUUCGGUUGGAAUAAUUGGCGCUGGAGCAGCAGGAUUAGUAGCUGCUAAAAUAUUAUUAGAUGAUAAUUUUAUUGUGACUUCGUUUGACAGGCAAAAUGAUAUUGGUGGAAUCUGGUCUAAACAAUAUGCAUAUUAUGAUUUACAUGACCAGUCGUCGGGUGGUACAUUAGAAUUUUCUGAUUUACAUGAUGGACAAGCGGGCCCCUCCACUCUCUCCAACGAACAGAGAGAAGAACCACUAAAAAGUGAAAGAAAUAAUUGA